AUCGAAUAAAGACCAGUCUAGCAUAGAAGACGGUCCGGCCUGCUUAAAACUCUGCCCCAGUGUCUUCUCGGUCUACCUGCGACCUGUUCUCAGUGAAGCUUAGUGGAAACGAGUCUUAACCAUCACAGGAGAGAACACGUUGAUGCGGGAAUCAUGAUGUCCACCAGGCGGAAGAAAGAGAUAUUUAGUACACUCUUCGUGCUCGGGAAUGCAGCGAUGGGCAUGAUCAACGCGGUCAUCGGUGUCACUCUACUCGAUCUUGCUGAGAUUUACGACAAGGAGAUCGACCAGAUUUCUCAACUUUACACGUCUCGCUCGGUCGGAUUCCUCAUCGGCUCCUUACUCGAGAGCUUCGCCGUCAAUAAAAGGAAUUCAGAUAUGGUUCUUAUAAGCUCCAUGAUAGCGCUCGGUCUGUCCUUUGCGUAUCAUCCCGUAGCCCACCAUUUCUGGCUUACACACGCCGCGGCCCUUCUGAACGGCUUCGCCGGUGUGCUUUUUGAAGCCUGCUCCUUCGUGGUUCUCGCCAGCUAUUGGGAGAAACCAAUUUUCGCCACGCAGAUGUACCAACUAGCCUACGGGUUCACCGCUUUCAUUUUUCCCUUCAUAGUCGAGCCAUUCUUGAGCAGCGACGAUCCCAUCACUCAAGGGGAGAUUCGGAAACAUGUGAAGUCGCGCAUCUACAUCCCGUACGGCGGCAUCGGGGCAUUUUGCGUCCUCAUAGGACUGGCGAUGGCUUUCUUCAAGUGUCAGAAGCUUUCGCCCCCGGUACAAGAGGAUGGGCAAGAGACAGGCGCUGGAGUGAAAUCAGAAGAAGUCAAAAGUGAAGAAAAAAGUCUCGGAGCUUUCGAGGUGUCGCUCGUUUUUCUCAUGUCGUUGCUCAGUUUAUUAUCGACGGCCUUGGAAACGACGGUGUCGGGCAUGAUCACACCGUUCGUGAUGCAAUCGGAUCUCCGUCUGAGUAAGUCUGAUGGCGCGUACCUGGGAGGUAUAUUCCGGUUGAGUUUCUUCGUUGGUCGGAUCCUCACCGUGAUCGGAUACAAGAUUUCACUGACCGUCAUAAUAUUGGUGAGCUUGGUGUUCCUGAGUUUCUCAUCAGCCGUCCUCCUGCUGUUCGUAAUGGCGUCGCCAUCAGUAGUGUGGUUGGCGACUGCUGGACUCGGCUUAGGACAGAGCACACUUUUCGGUUCCACCAUCAGUUGGACUUGUCAAUAUAUUAAUCUGAAACAUUGGCACAUGGCAGCAAGCAUGCUCGCAUUGAGCGUGGGGAAUGUCUCUCCCGCCUUUCUUGUUGCACCUUGGAUCGACUUUGAGCCGAUGGUCUUCGCAUACGCGACAGCCGGACUGACAGGGACACUCUGCGUGACAUUUCUGAUAAUGUUGGCCAUGGUUAGAGGGAAGAGGUUCUGGUCUCCGAAUGAAAAAUGAUCGAAUAAAUAUCGAAGUUU